AUGGGCAACCUUGGCCCGUACGGCACAUGCCCCAACCUGCAUGCUAUUCUCAAUGGAAAACCAACCCCCACUCCCAAACGUGAGAGCCCCAAUUCCCGUGAACGGCCCGACCCAACCAAACGCGCAAAGCACCCACCUCAAGGAACUCAUCCCGGAUACCUGCCGUAUGACGGCCCAGGCCGACUUCCAAUUGCCCCCUUCAAAUGUAAACAUCCCAUCACCGGCAAACAGGCAGCCUUCUGUUCCCAUUUCUUAUUUGCCAAUUACCAUUGCAACCGCCCCCGCUGCCACAAUAUCCACUACACCAAACAGUUUGCAGCAACUAUGGGAUCUGCCGACACCCAGGCAUUUGAAAAAUUCAUUGAAAAAACCCCUGGGGUGACCCGUUUGGCCCCAAAGCCUCAUGUCCCUGAGUACUCUACAUGCAUCAUCCCUCACCCAAGCAGCCUCGUUUACCAACCCACCCAGACACCAGUGUCAACCCAACCCCAACUGCCCCAAAUUUCCAUCUCCACUCCUACAACGAGCCAACCUUCCGCAGCGCCCUCAGCACACCACCGAUCCGCCCUACCUCCUGAUUCCCAGUACUACCAAUUCACUGACGCAGAGCAAGAAAAAUUUGGAGAGCUCCUUGAAGUCUCCGUCCAAGGUCGUUCGUCUACCCCAUCUAUGACCAAACGCGACCGCGAGGCCUGGGCAACCACCAAACUCCCAUCCCCGGUCUUUCUUGCCGUCAAUUCUCCGCAUGGUAAGGACAGCGUAGACAGGUGGUUCAGCACAGAGCAUAAGUUUGAACAUACCUGGAUAUUUUUGCUGAAGAGCUGCUACCUGAGCCAGACCGACCUUGCAACCCUCUUCCACGUGUGCCCAUCCAUCCAUCUCCUCUCCCUUCUCAUCAAAGAACACCGCUUUGUGGACUUCCGACCCCUCCAACAACCAAUACCACCGAAUCUGACCCCCAGCGUUGCCAUGCAUCGAUGGAGCCGCAUGUUCACCGCAUGCUUACUCCACUAUGACCUCAGCAUCCCAACCGUAGUCCAAUUCGUUGGCAACAUCCACACCGGUGCCCAUCGCGACCGGCCAACCCUCGAACCCAUUCUCCGUGAAGCCAAUGUUGACCCCUUCCUCAUCGACCAGCUCAAACGCGUCUUCCUCGAUGGCGCCCCCAAUAACGUCAAUGCGGAAUCGACGGAUGAGAACCUGCGCACCUUAAUUGCCUACGGUAAUCACAAGACGGUUUACAACAACGUUAGCAAAACACAAAGCGCAGUCGAAAAAGACAUCCUUCGCAACUACCUUCUGGCAGCCAACCCAGCCCUACUUCCAUACAUCCAAGACGCCCACACUACUCCACUCGGGUUGUUUGAUGCAUGUCACGAAUAUCACAAACCCCGUAUCAUCUUUGAUGCCAUCCACCAUCCUUCCCUGACAGCCAUGAAAGAUAACGAUUUCACUUCCAAAGAAACUGAACCCGAAAUCUGCUUCCCGAGGUCAUUUCCCAACUUCUUGAUCUGGAUCUACAACCUUCGCAUCACUUACCCAAAAGAGGAAAUCUACAUUUGCAACGAUGAUGUAUCUGGCGCCUUCCGCCAUGUCAAAUGGAACCCCAAUGUUGUUGGCAUGCACAUGUUCAUGCUAUUUGGAUUCCUCUUCUUCUGUACGGGUCUCUCAUUUGGCGACAACACCAGCCCAGCCCAAUGGGAAGUUGUCGCCAUGGUCCGCCAGCAGCUCGCCCAAUCCCUUUGGUAUGCUGCAGUCACCACCAUCCCACGAGUCGCAAAAUACCUCCCCAAGCUAUCCCUUGCUCCCCUUCCAACGCCAUCAGACAUUGCCGCUUUCACUCCUGCCAAACCCGACUCUAAAAAUCCAGGGGUUGUAAACGCAGACGGAUCCCGCAAGUCCCCAACCUUUGACCACCAUGUUGACGAUUGCCUCUACGCCGACGUGGCCCUAUUCUUGCGCCAAACAAUUUCAGCCAGCAUCCUUGCCCUAUACAUCCUAUUGGGAUUCCCCAACCCAUCCAACGGGAUCCGCGAUUGCAUAUCUUGGGAAAAAUUCGCCAACACUUUCUCCCACAAACGCAAAACAGUUGGAUGGCUCAUCAACUCGAGACGAAUGACAGUGCGUUUACCUUCCAUCAAACGGGACCGCCUCCUCAAACUCCUUUCAGAAACACUGGCGAAUCCGUCUCUGUCCCUUCGCGAUAUUGCGAUUCUUCUAGGGCACGUUUCAACUGCAACCACAGUCUGUCGAUGGAUGCGUUGUUCCUACUUCAACUUGCAACGUGUCCUGAGUCAAUUUCUCCGAUCCCGCCACCAAUCCAUCAAACAUUACAUGAAACGCAACGACAAAGUCCAAAUCAUCUCCGACCAACUCCCUCCAUCCCUCCGCUACCGCCUUGCUUCCCUUAUUGGAAAGGAAGCAGCUACUUUCCUAUGGAACGCAAUCAAACGAUUCCGCCUUGACGAACCUGUGCUCCGCGAACUCCGAGCCAUCAAGCACAGCCUCGAAACAGAGACGUGGGAAAUCUAUAUUCCCCAGAUGAUCCCUCGAGACCCCCACUUCACGUCGUACGGAGAUGCUAGCUUUCUUGGAGGAGGCGCCUAUUCCGACGAACUUCUAUUUUGGUUCCGCAUAGUUUGGAGCCCAGAUAUUUUUGCUGGUACAAAAUCGAAAGCCAAAAACCCCAACUACGUCCAAAUCAACAGCCUUGAGUUCUUGGUAGCUUUUUUCCAGGAAGUUGCCACGGUUGUCCGCCUUGAAGGAACUUCCCAUGCCCAUCCAGGCCUGGCCCACAAAUUCCCCAACGGAUUUUCCCAAUUCCCAGUCCUGCUCAACCGCACUGACAACACUCCAACUGAGAAAUGGAUGAAUGACGCCCGCACCAACAGCCCUUUUGCACGCCUUUUGGUCGACUUGCACGGUCAGCUACUCAAACGCUCCCCUCUGACUGCUCUUUCUGAUCAUAUCCCUGACAUUUCGCACUUUACCUUGGAUGAGAAACUACGAUUAUUUCCAGCCGAGUCCCAAACUUUGCUCCGUCCUGCGCUCCUGUCUAUUCUCCAAUCCAAAGCAGGCGCCACCGACGAUCCCCGCAAAUCUGGGACACUUCGUUCCCGCCGACUCCAUUUCCUCAAGUUUUGCUAUGAUAUGAAUAUGCGCAACAACUACUUAAUGAAUGGCCCCGACUUCCCUCACGAACGCCGCAUCGCCACCUUUGCACUCUACACAGUGGCACUCGCUACCGGUCGCACAAUUAAAGGACAAUACAUCAAGUCUGCCACAAUCAAGCAGUACCUCCAUGCAGCAGCGUCUUUUAUCUGCCUUUUUACCGGUCGUGAUCCCCGAUACAACAACCCGAGCGAUACCAAAAUGUCACCCGAUAUUCAUGCCACCAUUGCUGAAGUGGAGCGCCAUGAAAAAGUUCCCAAUAAACUUGAGCCCUACACCCUUGACAUGCAACAACACCUCGAGCACCACAAUAUCGACACCAAAGCCCACCGCAACGGUCUCUGGAAAACAUGUGAAGACUGGAACAGUAUCGGCCUCCUCGAUGGCCACCGCCUGUCCGAGUAUGCCCAAACUUCCGCCAACAAAAAUAUUGGCGACCAAGCCACCUUUGACGGCAUUUCCAUUGCAUUUUGUGUUGAAGAUGUUACCUGUUUUGACAAGUUCAAACGUAAAGUAUCCAUUUCCGACGCCCGCACCAACAGCCCUUUUGCACGCCUUUUGGUCGACUUGCACGGUCAGCUACUCAAACGCUCCCCUCUGACUGCUCUUUCUGAUCAUAUCCCUGACAUUUCGCACUUUACCUUGGAUGAGAAACUACGAUUAUUUCCAGCCGAGUCCCAAACUUUGCUCCGUCCUGCGCUCCUGUCUAUUCUCCAAUCCAAAGCAGGCGCCACCGACGAUCCCCGCAAAUCUGGGACACUUCGUUCCCGCCGACUCCAUUUCCUCAAGUUUUGCUAUGAUAUGAAUAUGCGCAACAACUACUUAAUGAAUGGCCCCGACUUCCCUCACGAACGCCGCAUCGCCACCUUUGCACUCUACACAGUGGCACUCGCUACCGGUCGCACAAUUAAAGGACAAUACAUCAAGUCUGCCACAAUCAAGCAGUACCUCCAUGCAGCAGCGUCUUUUAUCUGCCUUUUUACCGGUCGUGAUCCCCGAUACAACAACCCGAGCGAUACCAAAAUGUCACCCGAUAUUCAUGCCACCAUUGCUGAAGUGGAGCGCCAUGAAAAAGUUCCCAAUAAACUUGAGCCCUACACCCUUGACAUGCAACAACACCUCGAGCACCACAAUAUCGACACCAAAGCCCACCGCAACGGUCUCUGGAAAACAUGUGAAGACUGGAACAGUAUCGGCCUCCUCGAUGGCCACCGCCUGUCCGAGUAUGCCCAAACUUCCGCCAACAAAAAUAUUGGCGACCAAGCCACCUUUGACGGCAUUUCCAUUGCAUUUUGUGUUGAAGAUGUUACCUGUUUUGACAAGUUCAAACGUAAAGUAUCCAUUUCCGACGCCCGCACCAACAGCCCUUUUGCACGCCUUUUGGUCGACUUGCACGGUCAGCUACUCAAACGCUCCCCUCUGACUGCUCUUUCUGAUCAUAUCCCUGACAUUUCGCACUUUACCUUGGAUGAGAAACUACAAUUAUUUCCAGCCGAGUCCCAAACUUUGCUCCGUCCUGCGCUCCUGUCUGUUCUCCAAUCCAAAGCAGGCGCCACCGACAAUCCCCGCAGCACUCUACACAGUGGCGCUCGAAACAAGACAAGAUCCAGUAUUCUUCCCACUCUAUCCAAGUUGGCGCCUGUGUCCUCCUCCACACCUCUGGAGCAACCACUGACCAGAUCAAGUUCCUCCUCCGAUGGAAAUCAGAUGCCUUUAUGGCAUACCUGCGCAACGUUGCCCAGCAUCUGUGCAUGCAACAAAAUGAUGCCAUCACAAUGA